AUGGAACCAAUGAUAAACGCUCCAACGGGUGGGAUGUUUGGAGCGAAUGCUGCUGCACCGGAUUAUCCACCAGUUGGUUCAGGAGCAGCGAUGGCAAAAGGAGGAGGAAUGCCUUUCGAGCAGCACACGCAACAGCCACAGCAGCAGCAACAGCAACCAAUGAUGCAGCCACAGCACAUGGGUAGUGCAGUGCAGCAAAUGCCAUAUGGGCAUCAGCAACAACAGCAACAGCAAGUGAUGAAUCAGGCCACGAAUAUGUAUCAGCAGCAGUCGAUGGGAAUGAACCAACAGAUGGGAGGAGGCCCUUCGCAAGGGCAAAUGUCACAGAGAUCUAUGCAAAUGUCAGCUCAAUCUUCUGUUAUGCAGUCUUCCUAUCAGCAGCAAAUGAUGCAGCCGCCAGACUAUUGCUGUUGUAAAAUGGUUUCUGCUGCAGAGUGCUGUCUACUGCAAAGAUGUGUCUGCCGUAAAGUAGCGUCUGUUACAAACUGGUGUCCUUUGCAAAAUGGUUUCUAUUGCAAGGUGGUUUUUGCUGCAAAGUGGUUUCUGCCGCAAAGAGAGUGGUCUCUUUUGCAAAGCGGUUUCCUUUGCAAAGCGGUUUGUUUUGCAAAGCGGCUUCUGUUGCAAAGUGUUGUCCGUUGCAAAGUGGUUUCUACUGCAAAGUGGUUUCUGUUGCAAAUUGGUUGCUGCUGCAAAGUGGUGUGUGUUGCAAAGUGUCUGCAGCAAAGUGGUUUUUGUUGCAAAGUGGCUUCUGCUGCAAAGCGGUUUCUGUUGCAAAGUGGUCUCUUUGCAAAGUGA